AUGUUUUUUGCCAACUGCCAUAAAACAACAAAAGAAGGAGAAGAAGUUAGGGCGGGAUAUUUUAGUGUUUGUGUACACUGGCAUAUAUCAGAGUUUACAUUGAGAUCAGUGGCUUUAAUGUAAGGUUUCAUCAGGAGAAUCAUGUGUGAAAAGAACAAGAGGGUGAGCCGGUGGCUCGAGACGGUGUUCGGUGCUGAAGGAGUUCCGGAGUUUGAGGUGAACACGCGCACGAUCGAGCUGCUGGACCAGCUGGCGCAGAGCAGCGAGCUGCGGAGUGAAGAAGUGUCUUUACUCACACACCACUACAGACACACAGCUGCAGAGUACAACAGCGAUGCCACCAACAUGCAGAAAGUGCUACUUCAGGGUGUCGGGCUUCAACCUGGAAGUGUUAGCAAAUCCACCUCUGAUUUUUUGUCUGUGUUAGAGGGCAUUGCUGAGGUCCUAAAAGUUAGAGACACAUCCAUGGGAAGCUUUGUUCCUGCAAUUAAUAAAUUGACCAAUGACCUGGCUGAGGCAGAGAAGAUUGACAGAAAGUUGGGGCAGGAGCUCGCUGCUGUGAGGAAGAAGAUGGCUGCCACGAUGAUUCUCCGGAAGAAACUUCAAGAGGACUUGAAGAAGAUUGCACAGGUCCAGCAGGUUGAGGCUGCUACAGCUGAAGAGAGGCUGCUCAAUAUGGACUUCAUGAAAAACAAAUCCAAAGACUUGACCUACAGAAAUAAAAUGGCACAGGACAAGCUGGCUUCCAGACAGAUGAAAGACUCAUUCACUCAUCAGUCUAUCAUGCAGCUCGCAGAAAAAAUCACAGCGCUGAAACAGGAAAUUGCACCACUGGUGAAGAAACUGGAGCCUUAUAAUGACCUGAGCCCUAGUCCUGCUCUAGCUCGGGUUGCAAUUGAAGAAGUAAAAAGAGAGCUGGAGGCUCUGGAUGCUGCCUUAGAGCAGAAGGUUGAUUUGAUGAACACUUUAUCUAGGUGACUGAUUGAAGAAUUAAGCAUAUUAACAGCACUUUUAGUUUUCUUACUGAACUUUUUCCCCCCCUAGCCUUCAUUGUCUGUUCAAGCAUGUAAAAAUAAAAUCCAUUUUCAAUGAAUCUCAUUUUUUUAUUAAUCAGUGUUACUUUAUACAUGAUAUGUGUAUAAUAAUAAAGAAUAAAACAAAA